AUGCUCUCGUGCGUGCCACCAAGUCGUUCGUUGUCCAUCUGCUCCAACCGAUGCGCUCGCGUCUCAACUACUUCCGCUGUUCGAGCUGCCGGCGAGAAAGAACCAGGUGAAGCUGCCGUCGAAUUUCGCCUGUAUCUUAUCGGUGGUGGGGGAAUUUCAGUGGACAUGGGGGAACGGAGGAAGUGUUACAUCGUUCCGUUUUUAGAACUCUGA